AUGGCAAUUCGUGCGAAGCUCGCAGCUUUUGGAAACCGCUCACUCGCUACUGCUAUAGCCUCCCGCUACCGAUUUAUCAGCACAUUAGUUUUAGCUGAACAUGAAGGAGGUCCUUCCUUAAGAGAAGCUGCUCAAGCUGCUUCAUGUUAUCCAUCUGUUUCUCAGGUGCUUCUUGCCGACUCAGAUAAGUUUACACAUCCUCUAGCAGAACCAUGGGCCAAACUAUUACAUGUGGUGCACAAGAAAGGGAACUUCUCACACAUAGUUACAGCAUCAGAUUCGUUUGGGAAAAAUAUACUACCUCGUGCAGCUGCUCUUCUGGAUGUUUCUCCAAUAACUGAUGUCAUUGAAGUUAGUGGGUCUCAUCUUUUUGUCAGGCCAAUAUAUGCUGGUAAUGCUCUUAGUACCAUUCGGUACACUGGCUCAGACCCUUGUAUGUUGACCAUUAGGUCUACAUCUUUUCCUGUAGCAUCCAUGUCAGCUCAUUCAAAAUCUAGUGCUGCAGCGAUUGAACAGGUUGAUCUCUCAACCUUCAGUGAAGAUGAUGCGGUUGGUAAAUCAAAAUUUGUGAAGCUUUCCUCUCAAGAUACAGAACGCCCAGAUCUGGGAAAUGCACGUAUUGUGGUCACUGGAGGACGAGGUCUAAAAAGUGCUGAAAAUUUCAAAAUGAUAGAGAAGCUUGCAGAGAAACUUGGUGCAGCAGUUGGUGCCACUCGUGCUGCCGUUGACGCGGGAUUUGUUCCUAACGAACUUCAGGUUGGCCAGACCGGGAAAAUUGUGGGCCCUGAAUUGUAUAUGGCUUUUGGUGUUUCUGGAGCCAUUCAACACUUGGCAGGUAUUACAGACUCUAAGGUCAUCGUUGCCAUAAAUAAAGAUGCAGAUGCACCUAUUUUUCAGGUUGCUGAUUAUGGAAUUGUCGGUGAUCUUUUUGAGGUCAUACCGGAAUUGUUAGAGAAACUUCCUGAGAAAAAGUAG